CUUAUAGUGAACCUGUUGCACACAUCUAACAUUUUGAGACAUCGCUCCGCUUUGCUACAUCAACAUUUACCAGCGGAUCCCCUCGCCUCGCUGCAGUGACACCCAACCCGGGUUAAGAUGCUCUCCCAACGGCCGGCAACAGCACGCAAGUCCGUCCCAUCCACCUGCGUCCACUACAGCCGGUAGCACUAAAUCCUUAACUACAGAGCAGGACACGUACAUGCCAAUCCCACGCUCCCCUGCCAAAUUACUAAUCUUUUCUACACUUUGGCUCACUUAACUCGCCUAUUUUCUAUCAAGACGAGUAGCAUUCUUAGACAGAAUGGACAUAAAGAGAGAUAAAGAACAAGUAUUUGCUUCUCUCAGAGGCAGAGGUCGACAAGAUAACUGCUGGACUGCUUAAAUCGCACACGGGGGAGUUUGAUUUGGAGUCCAUACUGUUUCUCAAAUUCAGAGGUCUUGGAAUACAUGAUCUUGGAUGUAUAGGGGAGUGUAUGAAUUUGGAGAGACUGGACCUCUCAGGGAAUAGUAUUGUCAGUUUAGCUCCUCUGUCAUCACUUCAUCUGCUUUCUGUCCUCAAUUUGUCCUCAAACAGGAUUUCCAAUUUAGAGCCGCUUCACAGUUGUGAAAACUUACAGAAUUUAAACCUGGCGGGCAACGUCAUCUCCAGCAUCGAGAACCUUCUCUGCCUUCAGUCUUUGAGAAAGCUCGAAAAUAUUCGUCUCAACGACAACACUUAUAAUUAUUCUAAUCCAGUGUGCAGGAACGCGCUGUAUAGAACCACAGUUCUCGAGAUGUUCCCCAACAUCAAGGUGCUCGAUGGGGAGAGAGUCGUUGGCCGUGGGAGUGACUUGUACCAGCUAUGCAAAGACAUUGAUGACACCAUUAAAGCUGGUCAGUACAAGAAUGGUCAACUUGUUGAACACCACGAUUGCAAGCCAUGGGUGGAGGAUACUUACUGGGAAAUAAAAAGAUCGAACAACGCUAUUGUAGAAGAAGCCUACAAACAGUUUAAUGAUGUUCUUCAUGAAUGCAGACUCUUAAACAACAGAGCAACUCAUGUCAUUUCCCAGACCGAAAGAUCAAUGAGCCUAAAGAAGCAGCCAAAGCAGUAUGCCAUCUGAAUGCACAGUGACUAGACAGGAGAUUGUUUUCCAGAUGACUACGUUAAGCAAAAGACUUUGCUAGACAUACAUGCUCUCUAUGGCAUUUUUCUAAUCAUUUUAAUGCAUCCUGUGCGUUGGUUUUUGGGGUGAUACAUGCAAACCUCCGUAUGGAUCCAAGAUGUCUUUACUUGCACACUGUGCAUAUUGUGCCAUGUUGUAGCCUGCAUUUUUGCAGAGACAUAUGCUGCUAAAAAUGUCUAAAUAUUUAAAGUAAGAGCUUUUCCAUUCUGCUGGAUCAUUUUGGGAGCAUCCCAUUGCUGUAUGCUUUCUAUGUAAAAUUACCCUUUUUUGCGAGAAUAUGAUUGAAUGUUCAUGUUUAUACUUGUUUUAUACCAUAAAGUUUAUUGUCUAUACAAAGAACAUGUGUAAAAGUGGGCAGUGUUUUAUAAUAUUGUCACAGAAUCCUGGACCAUCAUAACGUACAGUCGUCAUUUUUGUCUCACUUCUAAUGUUCUGGCUAAAUCAGGGGAAAAAAAAUAUUUGCUAGCUUUUGGUGCCACCUUCUGGCGCUUGUCAUUUUUGAAGGGCACAGUUCAUUAUUGUGCAUUUAGAUUUUACUAUGAAAAGUUUAGUAGUGCUGGCUCUGAUUUGUAUGCAAUAGCGUUUUUGUGAAACAGUACAGUGUAUAAUAUCACAUAAAAACACAGAUUUAUACUGCUAAUAAUUUUGCUAUUAUCUGGUGGUUGAUUUUCCUUCUUGUAUUUGUGGUUCCGCCACUGUGUAUGUCGAUUUGGCCAUCAUUCAUAAAUUAUUCUGUUAAUCACAACCGCGGUUAAGAAUAGAUGUUAAGAAUAGAUGUGUUAAAUGCACCAGAUUUCGCUCCCUUAUAGUGCGAAAUCACAUCGGAAGUUGGAGGGUUUUCAAAAUAUACAUACUUUUCCGCUUCUAGACUAAAGCCACUGUUUUCAAGAAAAAUAACUGCAAUAAAA